AUGUCUUCUUCUUCUUCUUCGCUGUGUGCAUUGGCCCUUGCGCUGUUAGCUUCUUCUCUCGUGACAGCGGCACCUACUCAACACUCCAAGAUCUUCAAAAGAGCACCAGCAUACGAUGUGCUGAGAGGGUCCAACUUCCCCGACCCCAGCAUUAUCAACGUGAACGGCAAGAGCUAUGCAUUCGGCACCGUUUCAUCAGGCAUGGAGGUCCCGAUGGCCAGCAACCCGGACUUCAACGACGUCGGCGGAUGGUCGGGUCUCUCGGACGCAUUCCCCAGCGCCAACGUUCCCGCAUUCGACAACUGGGCCGCUGCGAACACUGUGUGGGCGCCCGACGUCAACCAGUUGACCGACUUUGAUGGCUCGUUUGCGAUGUACUACUCCCCGGCUCUCAAGUCGAACAACAACAUCCACUGCAUUGGACUUGCUCGCAGCUCGACGAUUGAGGGGCCAUACAACGAUUCGUCCACGGAGCCGUGGGUGUGCCCGGAGGCGGACGGGGGAGCGAUUGAUGCUUCCGGGUUCCUGGACAGCGACAACAGCCGCUACGUGCUGUACAAGAUCGACGGGCCCGCAGCCCACAACGGAGGCUACUGCGCCAGCACGAACAACAUUGUCACCAACACUUCCAUCAUGCUCCAGCGGACGCAAUCGGAUGGAUACACCAAGAUCGGCAGCCCGGUGUCCAUCUGGAACAACCAGGGCGUGUCGGACCACUACCAGACGGAAGCGCCCUCGCUCGUCAAGAACGGCGACACAUACUUCCUCUUCUUCUCCACGGGCUGCUAUAGCGACAACAGCUACACGACCAAGUACGUCACCAGCAGCAACGUCAAUGGACCGUACGGCAACCCGCAGACGCUCCUGCAGCAGGGCAGCGACGGGCUGUAUGGCCCCGGAGGCGCCGAUGUUACCCCCACGGGCGGGCAGAUGGUCUUUCACUCGUUGGUCAAUAACGAUAUCAACCAGGGCCGGGUGAUGGAUACCGCGACGCUGACGUUCAGUGGUGGUUCGGUGUCGAUGAAUUAG